UGUUUUUGCAGGUGCCUACUGCCUCCUCAUGCUUUGCUUUCUUUUGAAGGCAUAACACUAAACUUGAGGAUGACAAAACUUGGGGGUAUGGAAAACACCAGAAAAAUGCUUUUUUAUUCUGGUUGUAUUGCCUGGAACUUGAUGAUAGCAGUGAAGAGACAACAAAAUGUGCUGGAUGUAUGAACAUCAUUGAUGAGGAUGAAUUCUUCUCAGCACUGGGCCAGGACUGGCACACAGACUGCUUCAGGUGUAGUGCAUGUGAUAUAACCCUCAGCAGCUGGUAUUUUGAGAAAGAUGGACUUCUCUUCUGUAAAAAUGACUAUUGGAAGAAGUAUGGUGAAGCUUGUCAAGACUGUGGACAGAUCAUUACAGGCCCAGUCAUGGUGGCUGGGGAUCAUAAGUUCCAUCCAGAAUGCUUCAUUUGCUCAUCAUGCUCAUUAUUUAUUGGGGAUGGAGAAUCAUAUGCCCUGGUUGAGAGAUCAAAGUUAUUUUGUGGACAAUGUUACAAGAGACAGAUGCAGCCAUUAAACAAAUCAACACCUUUUAUGAAAAAGCCGCACAGCAUCCAAUUAAUAGAGUUACCUGCCAAGUCAGAAAAUCAAAGAAGAAUAAAACUUAGUGUGGAUUCAAGAAAGGGCUUCCCACUCUCAGGACUCAGUAACUAUCGAGGCCUACGCAUAGCAGACAUUCCAUCUCUCAAAGAAAGGUUGAAACAGCUAGAUUCAGCAGCAGACCUUAUGUCCCUCCAUGUUGGUGAUAGGAUUCUGGAAGUCAAUGGCCGACCUGUAGAAGAUCAUUGUAUUGAGGACAUUGAGAAUCUAAUUUCUUGCUCACGUGAUGCAUUGCAGCUGACUAUAGAGCAUGAUCCAGAGGAAGUUUCAACAAGGAGGCAAAGUUUUCCUUUUGUAUCAUCUUGUCGGAAUGCCACUCCACUGCAUGACCAGCAACAGAAAGAAGGACUAAGAGAACGUCUUUUCAAGCGUCGGGAUGAAGGUUAUGUUUCUGGCACCCAACGGAGCCGUCAACUUAGACGAGGCCGAGGAUGUAAAGAGAGGGCAUCUUCACUUCCAAAGUUGUUAGAUAAUGAAUGUUCUCGUGAAUCUGGCUACUAUGACCUCAGUAGAACUAAGUCAUUCCGCAUUGAGCCAAAGAAUCAUCGUAUCUUCCGUGCAUCUGAUCUAACUCAAGGAGAGCUGCUUGGGAAAGGCUUCUUUGGGCAAGUUUACAGGAUGACUCACUCACAGACAGGAGAGGUAAUGGUCCUCAAGGAACUUUAUAGAGUGGAUGAACAAGCUCAAAAGAAUUUUCUUAAAGAGGUGGCAGUCUUGAGAAGUCUGAGCCACAAAAAUGUUCUAAGAUUUAUUGGGGUGUUGUACAAAGAUAAAAAGCUGCAUCUUCUCACGGAGUACAUUGGUGGUGGCACUUUGAAGGAGAUUAUCCAUGACCAAGAACCUUUACCGUGGGAUCAGCGAAUCAGUUUCGCUAAAGACAUAGCCUCAGGCAUGGCGUACCUGCAUAACUGUGAUAUUAUUCAUAGGGAUCUUAACUCCAACAACUGCCUAGUCAGAGAAGAUAAAACUGUUGUAGUAGCAGAUUUUGGUCUGGCCAGAAUAAUGCCACAGAACAACUGGACUGCUGAAAGGAAGAAAUAUGGGAAAAAACAUGCAAGAAAGAAAAGGUACACUGUUGUGGGGAACCCAUAUUGGAUGGCUCCAGAAAUGAUGAAAGGCAACAAAUAUGAUGAGAAGGUGGACAUUUUUAGUUUUGGCAUUAUUCUAUGUGAGAUAAUUGGAAGAGUUGAAGCAGAUCCUGAUUACAUGCCUCGCUCCAAGGAUUUUGGUCUCAAUGAGUCAGUAUUUCAGGCUAAGUACUGCAAAGAAUGUCCUGAGCCUUUCUACAAGAUUGCAUUUAUGUGCUGCAACAUUAAUCCUGAUGCAAGACCUCCAUUUGAAAUACUGGAAGUAUGGCUAGAAGGAUUGGCUAUGCAUUUUACUGUUGGUGCUCCAAUUCCUUCUAACUUGCUGGUUGACAUCUAUAAUUUCAAUGGGCGGAGUACUAGUAGUUCCUCUGAAGCAUCUACUCCAGAAGCUGGAGUUCCAGAUUGCAGGCAGCCUCCACCCCUUCUACGCACAAUCAGUGAAGGAACUUACACCACCACUGACAGCCUUAGCAGCACAGCUUCCUUCUCACGGUCACAUCUUCCUGUAUUUGACUCUCCAGAUACAUUUAUAGAUGAUACUAGCUGGGAUCUAAAGCAUAGGUUGUCACUAAAAGUUUUGAAGCCAAAUUGGAAUUCUGAAAGUUUGGACCAGUUGGAUUCAGGAGGUCCUAGGUUAAAGAAUGAAGGUAUUAAGAAUUUUGAGCCCAUUUCAAAUCAUGUUCUAUAUGCUGAUCCUCAGCCCAGCAACACUCAAAGUGACUUAGAAUGCACACAGCUAUGAUUGUUCACUCUAUGCAGAAUCUAUAAUUUUAGAAGUGCUUUAAAAUUUUAUUGAAAUAUUAUGUAUAGAUAUUGUACAAAAGUUUACCAGAAGCAUUCCCUAUAUCGUGAUGUUAGUGGCAGAUAUCUUCGUAUCAAUGUAGUGAAAGGUUCUUAGAUGGAGGCUGUGGGACAAACUUUGAUUCCAUUUUUCAUCAUUUGUUGCCUCUCUAACAUGAAAUUUGUUUGGUCUUUGAACUUAGUGUCUUUCCAAGAUCAAAAAUGGUCUGGACCAUGGCACUUGUGAAUAUAUUUAGAAUAUAUUUAUAAAUAUGUUGAAAGCAAUAUAUUUUUGUAGAUCAGGUAGCUUUUUAUCUGUAAAUGGUAAAAAGAAAUAUAAUUAAUUAUAUUUGUUCUUUUUUGUUUUAUCAAUUGUUUCAUAAUUUUGAUGUAUGAAUAUUUACACAAAUCCUCACAGCAUCUUCCAUUGGAUUAAGUACUUCACACCAUAAACUAAUAAUGAUAACAUGGCAUGCCUAAUUUCCAUUAUAAAUUAUAUUUUUUUGAGAAACUGGCUUAUGUUUUGUAAAGUAUCAGAAACACUUUAAACAAAGGGUUUCACAUUUGAAAACUUCUGACAAUCUUUUCCAUGGAUGGCUAAAAGGAAAAUUGUCCAUUCUAUGCAUAUGAGCUUAACUUGUUGCAAUUCCCGUGUCACUCCUUUCAUAUAUUCUUCCUGCCUUUAUCACUGUAUCUUACAGGUUGCCUUCUCCAUAUAUUUGUCUUCUCCAUAUAUCUACAAGUGCUGAGUGAUGGAGUUGCCAAUUGUUAAUGGUUUGUUAAACCAAAGUAACAUUUCUUUAAGGUUACCCACUUUUCCAUUAAAGUGGAAGAUAUAUAACUCACAGGGUAUUGGAAUUAAUUUAUAUCAAAGUAUGAUUAAUUUGUAAUGAGAAGAAAUCACAAAUUGCAUGACAGAAAUCCCCUCAUUUCAUUACAGCAUUAACCUCACAAAUCUUGACAAGAUCUCAAUCAAAGCUUGAUUGUCUACAUUACUCUUUGAAGUGAAUCACAUCAAAACAUAAGAAGUUGCAUAAAUAAUUUUUUAUAACAGAAUUGUAUCAAAAUUAGGUGUAUCAAAAAUUCAAGUAAGGUCUGUGAAAUAAAAUAGUUGCAAACUCUUGUGUGAGUAGGUGUGAAGUGACAAAGACCUGCCCUUUUACAUCAUCAGACUAAGGGCUCUACGUGCAUAUGUUUAUCCCUUUAAAUUGUGUCCUAAGUUGCAUCUAUCAGGAUUAAUUGCUUAAUUAUAUACUUUCUAGUGAUGUACAAUUAAAGUGAUGAUGUUUUGAUAUACAGUGGAACCUCGGUUUUUUAAAUGACCGAUGCUCCCACUGCUAAAAUGGCUGCUCCACAUCAUCUCCAGAUUAGAUUUUGUUUUUUAUCCAGAAAGGAUGUAUUGAAUGAACUUAGUGACACAUAACUCAUCAAAAAAUAUUGUUUCGACCAUGCAAGCAUUCUCUUUGUCACUGAUCAAGUGGGGGAAGCCUUACAGAGUGACACAGAGAGGAGCAAAAUUAAGGUGAUCACAGCACUUAGACAUCUUGCUACUAGGAAAAAUGCAGUUGUGCAGUAGUGAUGGUGUUGUGGGUCAUAAAAAGAGCCACAGGAAGAUGGGGAUUACUCCUGAGUGCCAAACCUUGUUUGUUUACAUUGAGGUUCUUCAACUUCUUCAAUGGGACCACAUUUAAUCUAUUUCAAAGAUUGAAUUACUGUCUUACCCUCUGUGUCUCUCCUCCAAAUAUAUAAAAAUGAAGGAAAUCUUUAUAGAAACUAUAAAUUAGUAAUAAAUGGCAGGUUUUGCUGUCUUGUAGUAUUUCAAAUCAAGUAACUUUGUUCAAAAACCAAAUUAUGGUAUGGCAACUGAAGCAAUUAUGAGUUAAAAUUUUUGUUAAAAAACUGAAUUGUUUGAAAAGGGAGAUAUUUGGUAACUGAGGUUCUACUGUAUUUUAUGUUACAUUAUCAAGGAAAGUGUAUUAUGUGUCUUGCCAUUGCUGAUGGAUUGCUGUUGGUUUGUAAAAAUAAUGUUGCUCAGAAAAUUUUGAAUUGAGUUGAUGAACUUCCCACCUAUGUGUUUUAUAGAAUGUUUAUUUGGAACAAAAAUGUUUAUUUUGGAACAACAAAAUUUUUUUUUUUUUAACAAUUUCUUACAAAGUCAAUGAUAUAUGAUUAUUUAAAGAAAAAUUAUUAGUGGUGAUUUAUAAUUUAUUUUGUAGCAUACUGUCAGAUCUUUUCAAAGAGCUGUAGACAUUUUACAGUGGAAAUAUAAAUUUCAAAAAACUUUUUAUGCAUGAGAGGAUUAAAAACAAAGGCUAAAACUAUUUAUAUUUAUUAGAUAUCGUGGGUGAAAGACUAAAGGUCUGUAAAAACUACUAGUUUUUUCCAAGAUUUUUUUUUUUUGAGAAUUGGCAAAAGCCCAUAAAUACCUUUGUACUUUAAAGAAGGAAUUAGAAAAAAGUAAAUGAAUAUUGUUAUAUAAUUAUAACAGUUACGGUUAUAUUAUUGUAACAGGAAAGUCAAUGCUGAUCAAAAUCCACUCAGAUCUUAGUGAUUAUCUUGUUUCAUUGGUAAAAAUUUCUUCACACAUUUCCAGACUGUGUCAGUUCUGCCACUUCUGGAUUUCAGUAUCAGGGAAAAAAAUGUUAGACUUUAGAGAUAGAUGUGUUAUUAGGGAAAUUUUUUAUCAUUAGCAAUAGGACUGACAAUUCUGAUAUAUGAAUAUCAUCAUUUUUAUUGUGAGAACUAGAUGUUCUGAUAUCACCUUGAUGUCAUCUUCAGUGAUCCAUAAAAGAUUAGUAUUAAAAUGCUUUACAGAUUGUUAUAAAAGCUUCAUAGUUAUAUAGCAGAGGGGGGUGGCAGAAACAGUGUUAUUUAACAUAUUGAUGUACAUGGACUCCAGUGUUCUCAAGUUAAUGUUAUUACUGUCAUUAAUUUUGAAGAAUUCAGUUCUUCAUAUAACACCACAGGUGUGGGUCUCAUAUUGCCAAGGAAAGAGAACACAGUCUCUUAGCAUAAAGAUUAGUUGACCAGAGGAAGCUGAAGACUGUGUUCCCAUUCUUACUCAGUGAUAAGAAAGCACACAGGCUCAUUGUGCUAUAUUAAGACUUCAAUGCUUCAAAAUUAUUGACUGUAGUAACAUUAGCUUCAGAACAUUGGAGUCCAAGUACAUCAAAAUCUUGGCCCCUGGACACUACUUCUGUUUCCCUUUGCAUUAUAUAACAACUAAUGAUCCUUUUGUAAUCAUCUUUAUUUUUUUUAUUUAUUUAUUUAUUUUUUUCCAAAUGGUAUUCUUGCUUCCCUUGGUGUAUCUUUGAAGAUAACGUCAAGGUGAUGUUGGAAAGUCUGGUCUUCAUAAUGAUGAUAUAUGGUUUGUAUUGGCACUUAUUGUCCUCUUCCUAAUGAAAAUGUUACAUUUGAAUUUGCUUGACACAUUCACAUAUGUCUGGAAAUGCUCCAGUUUUAUCUUCUGUGUCCUUUCCAUGUCCAGUCCAUUAAAUUUUGAAUUAUUGCAGAUGAUAUUUUUUGUUUUUUCCUGACACAGAGCAUAAACAUAAUGGACACAUCCCAGAUAUUUGUGAAUGGAUGUCGUCAAUUCUGACUGGCCAUGCUUUCAGGGAAUUCAUUUUCCACUGUAUGUGAAAUGAACAAAUGAAAAAAAAAAAAUAAUAAAUACAUAUAAAACUUA